UAUGUAUGGUGGUAUGGGGAGUUAUAUCUACUGCAACGGCAGCAUGUCAGAAUUACGGUGGGCUCAUUGCUUGCCGCUUCUUUCUUGGUUUUGUUGAGGCUGCAUAUUUUGUAAGUUCUUCGCCAUCCAUGACCCGACUGACGGCGUUGCUAAAAUAAUCACAGCCUGGAUGUUUAUACUAUCUUUCGUGUUGGUAUACUCGCAAGGAACUGGGCUUUCGAACUGCAAUCUUCUAUUCAGGAGCUUUGAUCAGCGGUGCAUUUUCGGGACUCAUCGCAGCUGGUGUUCGAUACAACAUGGACGGUCUCCAUGGACUUGGGGCAUGGCGAUGGCUGUUUAUCAUCGAAGGUGCCGUCACGAUAGGAAUUGCCAUUGCAGCCUUUUGGGUGCUACCAAAUUUUCCGAGAACGACUUCGUGGCUCACAGAUGAAGAACGGCAACUUGCUAUUUGGCGUCUUGAAGAAGAUAUUGGAGAGGAUGAUUGGUUGGAUAGCGAGCACCAGUCAUUCCUUGUCGGGCUCAAACUCGCGUUCUCCGAUAUCAAGACAUACGUUUUGAUGUUCCUCCUCUUUGGAAUCGUCGCUGCAGGAACUGUCACCAAUUUUUUCCCAACUGUCGUCAAGACUCUUGGCCAGAAUGACGUGAACACGCUACUAUUGACUGCUCCUCCUUAUGUUCUUGCGGUCAUUACCACAUUCCUGAACUCGUGGCAUGCAGAUCGCACCGGCGAACGGUUCUUCCACAUAACACUCCCACUUCUCUUUGCCAUCUUUGCCUACAUCCUCGCAGCAGCAACUACUUCCACGGCCCCUCGUUACGUAGCAAUGAUGUUUAUGGUCCCAGGAGUCUACACCGGCUAUGUUGUAGCGUUGGCAUGGAUCAGUAACAGUCUCCCUCGUCCACCCGCUAAGCGAGCAGCUGCUCUCGCCUUCAUCAACGCAAUUUCCAACACCAGUUCUAUAUAUGCCAGUUAUAUGUACACGGAUGCCGCUAAGCCGAGAUACAUCACAGCGAUGAGCGUCAACUGCGCAAUGGCCCUGAUGGCAAUUUUGGCUGCGACAACACAACGAUUUAUUCUCGUGAGAUUGAAUAGGAAGUUAGAGCAGGGCAUUCGUGUCGAAGGCGCGAUCAAUUCAGGUGGCUUCAGGUUCAGAGUAUGAGGAACGAUGUUGGAAAUUCGACUAUUGAUGGAUUAUGUUCAUUGGUUUCAGACGUCGAAGUAAAUAGAGAGUCGCUUGUGGGCAUGGAUCAUGUCUUUUUUGUUAAUUUGUCAACACGCCAAUGAAAUGGAUGAGGACAGGACAUUCUCACCUGUGUAAAGUGGUUUUGGUCUGGAAUAAACAAAGCUUGACUCCAUGUCAUGCUGCCCAGGUUACCUCCUACCGAUCCUAAUUGCUUUCCACCUCCCAGAGCUGCCCAUGACCUUGACCUAUCUUCAAGCCU